GGUUUAAUACAUCAACUUAAACAAAGAAAAAAUCAGAUGGUGUAGAGUUGGGGACCCACCAAAGAAGCGAAAAUCGGGAAUUGUUCAUGCACCUUCCCCUCUUUUCCGCCUCCUCCUCCUUCCCUUCAAAAUCUCUCAAAUUUAUAAUUUUAAAUUAAAAGAAAGAUUUCCUUGAUUUCUUCUCACAAUAAAUCAUUCCUGCUCCUCCACAAUGAACAACAACGACAAAAAUUACCGCUGCAGCGACAACGACACAACACCCUCUUCUUCUUCUUCUUUUGUUUUACCGACCUCGAGAUCUUUGUCUUUGUCUUCGCCGGCUUCCUUCACCGGAGGGACUUUCAGACUCGGCUUCUGCAUCACUGCUGUCUACAGUUUGGACAAUAAUAUGGCUGUGGGUGUCAUUUGACGGAUUGAUGGUUCUGGGUGCAAAAUUGAAGAAACCCAUAUGCCACACGGAAGACUUCCUUAUAUGGAGUUAUCAGUAGCUUAUGAUGUUGAGCAUACGUGUUCUACACAGAGGAUUCGGCACGAGCUGUGGCCACUGGAGGAAAUUGAUCCAAAGAAGGCAAAGUUCCCAUGUUGUUUAGUUUGGACUCCACUCCCAGUAGUCUCGUGGUUGGCGCCUUUCAUUGGGCAUGUUGGCAUUUGCCGGGAGGACGGAGCUAUUUUAGACUUCUCAGGAUCCAAUUUCGUAAAUGUUGAUGAUUUUGCAUUUGGUGCUGUAGCAAGAUAUCUUCAGCUUGAUAGAGAACAGUGCUGCUUUCCCCCAAACCUAUCUGGGCACACCUGCAAGAAUGGCUACAGGCAUGCAGAGUAUGGAACAUCAAUCACAUGGGAUGAUGCCAUACGGUCAAGUAUGCGUUACUUUGAGCAUAAAUCCUACAACCUCUUUACAUGCAACUGCCACUCAUUUAUUGCCAACUGCCUUAAUCGGCUCUGCUAUGGUGGAUCAAUGAGUUGGAAUAUGAUAAAUGUGGCAGCUCUUAUACUAUAUAAGGGGCAUUGGGUUGAUAGCAUGUCAAUCUUAAGAUCAUUCCUCCCCUUUAUGGUGGUGCUAUGCCUCGGUGUUGCCAUUGUCGGGUGGCCGUUCUUGAUCGGGCUGCUAUCCUUCUCUAUCCUCCUUAUUGGGUGGUUUCUUAUGGGAACUUAUUGUGUCAAAAACUUGUUAGAAUGCUAGUUCAUAAGAGUUGUUCAAAGGAACUAGAUAUGUAGAAUGGGUGUUGAAACAAUCGAAAAGGAGUUAUGUAAGUUUUUUGGGAGUCUUUGUUAUCAAAAGUCAUGCUAGCCAGCAUAAAGAAACUGUUUCAAGUGUCGAUUAUCAGUUUAAGGAUAAUUGAAUAUUCAGCACCAUUAUC